AUGGGCCAAUUGGCAAGUUCUAGUUCAUCAAGGCAACUAGGUUCUCUUCCAAGUGAUACCAUUCCUAAUCCUAAAAAGCAGUGUAAGGCUAUUUUUACAAGGAGUGGUUUGCAGCUACAAGAUCCACCGGUGAGGUCGAGUAUAGAAAAGAAGCAAAUGAUUGACGAUGAAGAUGCAAGUGGGAAUGUAAGGGAGGAGAUUGAAAAGCAGGAGUUGCCGGUCGAAAAGCACAAGCCAGGAAUUCCAUUCCCCCAACAGUUAAAGAAAAAGAAUCGGGUUCACCAAUUUGCUAAGUUUUUAGAGGUAUUCAAAAAGAUUCACAUCAACAUUCCAUUUGCGGAGGCCUUAGCUCAAAUGCCAACUUACGUGAAGUUUAUGAAGGACAUCCUCUCUGACAAGAGGAAGUUGGAGAAUUUUGAAACAGUUGCCUUGACUGAGGAGUAUAGUGCCAUCAUGCAAAGGAAGUUGCCACCAAAGUUAAAAGAUCUAGGUAGUUUUACCAUUCCUUGCACUAUUGGUAAUUCGUAUUUUGGAAAGGCACUAUGUGACCUUAGAGCAAGUAUAAACCUCAUGCCAUUGCCGGUCUUGUUGGGAUUGGUGUCCUAG